UGAAGUAAAUUUUUAGUGCGGAUGACAGGGCUGUUCUUGAGGAAAGUGUCGGCACUCAAGCCUCAGCGAGGAUCACCGUUCGUCGUACUAAAUCGUGGAGAAACUUUGAGACAAGAGCAGUUAAAAUGAUCGAGUUAAGACCGUUUUAUAUAGUCUGACGGAGGAACGGUUGUGUAACUGCUAACUACUUUCGCGUUUGAAAGUUUCGGGGCGGCGAAAGACGCCGGUCUGAGCGGUACGUGUCGUGUGGCAGCUCCCGGGUCAAUUUGUCGCUUGUGAAGUAACGUGAAACGUUUUUGGGAGUCUUCAUUUCAGCUUUCCUCAGACAAGUGAAGUGAUUUAUUCGUUUCUUUUUCUUUUGUGUGAGGUAUUUUAGUUCGCGUUGCUCAGGAGCACCUCGCAGUUGCCGCCUCUCGCGGCUCAUGAAUAAUUAAAGCGGCGCAAAGUGGAGCUCGCGAAGUUCGGGGCCGCGCGGCGUCGGUGAGGAAACCGGGCUCUCCUCGCUCACCUCUCCCGCGAAGCUCCCGAAAGACGCUCGUUUCAAGUGUUUUCGCUCUGAAACAGAAUUGGGGCAACUUUUCAGAGGGAAGUUUUCGGGGAGGAGGAGGGGGGGGCACCAAAACAAACUUUGUGCAAACUUUCUGAAGAGUGUUGGACUCCCCCCGUCCCUCGCCCCGCACACAGUGAGUGAGUGUGUCGUUUCGCUUCGCCGGGGAAGAUGAGCGAGGACGCGCCGCUGCAGCCGUUCCCGGGACAACAGGUGAUCCGCGUGGCCGAGGACCCCGCCACGGAGCUGGAGGCGCUCUUCCACUCCGUGAUGAACCCGCGGCCGAGCUCCUGGAAGGGUAAAGAUCUGCCCAAGUCCUUCUUCAAGGAGCCCGACUCGGGGUCGCACUCGCGCCAGUCCAGCGUCGACUCGGGAAGCUACCCGGCGCGCCACGUACGCUCGCACUCAUCCCCCGCCUCGCUGCAGCUCGGGGUCGCGGCCACCGCGAGCGCCACCUGCCACCCAAGACACCAGUCGUUCGACGUGGCCGACGAAGGACCGCUGCCGCCGGGAUGGGACAUGGCGUUCACCUCCUCCGGCCAGAGAUACUUCCUCAAUCACAUUGAGAAGACCACCACGUGGCAGGACCCUCGAAAGACGUUGACUGCAGCUACGAGCCACUUGAGCCCCCAAAGGCCAGCCACUUCCACCCUGGUGCAACAGCGUUCGGUGGCCCAGUCGCAACCCAGUCUCGGACCGCUACCUGAAGGAUGGGAGCAAGCAGUCACCCCCCAGGGAGAGACGUACUUCAUUGAUCACAAAACCCAGACCACAUCCUGGCUUGACCCACGCAUGGACCCUCGCAUUAUGGUUCAUCACCAACCUCAACAGCAACUUGCCCAAAACCCCCAGCCUCAGCAGGUAUUGACACAGGCCAUGGUCCCUAGUGGCACUGUUCCCCAGCCAGGACUGCAGCAGCAGGCAACUCAUGCUGGGCUCAUUAGCCUGUCAAACCACAUGAGUACCCAGCAGCAGAAGAAGAUGCGGCUGCAGCGGAUCCAAAUGGAAAGGGAGCGCAUCCGGAUAAGGCAGGAAGAGCUAAUGAGACAGGAGGUGGCGCUCUGCCAACAGCUGCCUAUGGAAUCUGAGAACAUGACACCGCUGUCAACAGCCGUCGUCAACCCUGCUCCAAUGACCCAGGUUUCUAUGGCCUCCACUGGCUCUGACCCAGUCAGUGGACACAUCCACUCCCGGGAACAGAGCACUGACAGUGGCCUGGGCCUGGGGGGUUAUAGCCUUCCCACCACACCUGAGGACUUUCUCAGCAUGGAUGACAUGGAUACAGGCGAGAGUCUCACCCAUGGCAACAUGGGUGUCCCCCAGGCCAACCGAUUCCUAGACUUCCUUGACCUACUGCCUGGCACCGAUGUGGACCUGGGCACGCUGGAGGGAGACCAGCUCAUUCCCAUCCUCAGCGAAGAAGAAUGGUGCUGAGUGGGAGCCUGCCUGCGGCGCACAGAUCCAAGGAUUUUUUUUUUUUUUUUUUUUUUUUUUUUUUGUGCCGCCUUAUUCAGACUGUUUUCCCCCUAAACACAGUCCAUCAGUUUCUUUAAUUGCCUCGAUCUUAUGGAUGAGCCCCUUAAAAUUGAACCAAAACACUAACCAAAGGCUUAUUGUAUGGACUGUUUUACAAAGAGAUGUUUUAGAAAUGGACGAUUUUGUAUAUUGUGGAAUAGCUUAUUUACUACUUAAUGCCCUGUUUGUGAAUAUACGCAUUACAUUGUUAUUCAAGCUGCAUUCCUUUCUGAGAGGGAUCUCUCCAGUUACAGAAAGUGGUUCUCGCAAGGCCUAGUGCUCACAGGAGUAGGUGUGAGCCACUACCACUGGGUGGCGCCCCUGCGCCUGUGGCCCAUGCUAAUUAGGACAAGGACCACUUUUGGUCUCUAGGUGAUCAUCCUCAUUGUUGCAAGAUCAACUCAGAAGCCUUAAGAACAAUUCCCCUUAUUGUGUGACACUACUUUACAAGCUUUAAAACACAGCCUUUUGAGGAAUUUAUACACUUCUUGGAAAAACAUUGGUUUGUUUUUAUGGAAGCCCUUCCAUGUUUGGUAAUUGCAACACUACAGCUGAAUCCUCAGAAGGUGUGCAUAGUUAGUUUUUGUAUUAAGUACUUUUUACUGAAUCCUACAGUAUUUUGCAUACUGUACAAUUGUCCAGGUUACAUUCUUACACAUCUUUAGGAUUUUU